AUGGCCACGCAAGGUGCUCCAGUCCUCGACAGGUUCCUGUCGGGGAUCUCAGAGAUAAUUCGGAAUCGCGACGGCUCGAAGCUUCAAGACUUCCUACAGAUUGAGCCUCCGUUGUCCGACAUUUACCGACAGAUGGUCGAGGAGUUACGGCGACAAUAUCCCAGUGGAUCGAAAGAGGCUGAUCUCCUGCGCCGAUGCGAAGGGCUCGUCCCGCGCACCAAGAACGGCAGCUCAUGGGCCGCUUUUCCGACAUUCAUGAAGCUAUAUUUCACCUUUCUCCGCGAUGUGAAUGUCGACAACCUACUCGAAACCUACAACCUGCUGAAAGGGCUGGUGAAUCAAUACGGUGUGAUCGUGCUGCCGACCGUCCUUUACCUUUCCAAAGUCCUCGCGAAGCUGGCCAUGGGCCUCGAUCGCCGCCCCGAAUUGAUCGCACAUUUACUGAGAAUGGAGGGUCGCUCCGAUCAGGACGAGAGCAUCGAGAAAGUGACCUUGGUCGAGAAGUCCGCCAAUGUCGUCCGGGAAGCAUUCAUCAAGUGUCUCACGGAUCGCAGCGGAACCCCGGGGGUCCAUGGCAAACCCGAAGGCAAGCGGGUGGGCAUCUAUCUCAUGGCCAACCUGUGCCUGAAGUUGCUUUUCCAGUGCGGGAAACUCCGAAAUGCAGAACAGAUGUUUUCGAGUAUCAGCGCCCAGUCUCCGCCCCUGAAAUACUUCCCCGCCUCCCAAAGAGUGACCUAUCUUUACUAUCUCGGACGAUAUCUAUUUUCCAACAAUCUCUUUUACCCCGCCCAGAUCGCCCUUCAAUCUGCCUACGACCAAUGCCAUCACCAGGCCCUCAGCCAAAAGCGAGUCAUUCUAACAUACCUGAUACCAUGUAACAUGAUCAUGGGUCGUUUUCCUUCACUAGAGUUGCUACAACGGCCGGAGUCAGAAGGCCUAUCCGACAAAUUCGUUCCGAUCUGCCGACUCAUCGUUCGCGGCGAUUACAUUGCCUUCCGAGAGCAUCUUGCGCUGGAUUCACCAGCCACCGAAUGGUUUGCACAGAAGGGCAUCUUACUUGCCCUGCGCAAUCGGUGCGAAAUCCUCGUAUGGCGGGCGCUUGCUCGAAAAGUGUUCAUCCACGGCGGCUUUCAUGGUGAACCCCAAGGCUCCGCCCAGCGCGGACCGCCUCCUUUCCUGUACCUCCACAAACUCGAAACCGCCGUGCGAUGGCUCCAAUCGCAACAUGCGCAGUCCAUGCAUGGCUCUCUCGGCUUCUCUCCGUCCGGCCAAAACCGCGACGCCCAGGCCGGGCGCAACGAGUUCGGAUCGCAAUUGGUGUAUAAACUACCCGAUCACGAUUUCGCUGGAGUUAACGAGGUCGAUGGACCGGAGUCCAAGCCGGACCCAGACUUGUUGUCCAAAUUUGAAGACUUCCUCGUGCCAGACGGAUGUUUUGACGUCAUGGGACAAUGGCAGUCCAAUUCACCGGGGGUCUUAGUCGACGGACAGCCCGACGUCGACUACUCUCAGUAUGAACUAGACCCCUAUACCCACCGAGUCGAGCUAGACGCGGAAACUGAUCAAGGAAAGCCAACGCCCAUGAUGCGAGAGCUUGAAUCCGUCCUCGCGUCUCUUCUCACCCAGGGCCUAAUGCGCGGCUACUUAACCCACAAGAAUCCUCGGUUCGCCAUUCCUGGUGCACGCCUGCGCGGCGCCUUGCCGACCGGGUUUCCAAAUGUCUGGCAAACUAUCUCCGCUCGCGAAUCGGAGGAUGGCCGGGUCCCUGGUUGGGUCCAACCUCCGCCACCCAUGGCGGGUGGUGGUCUGGCAGCAGGCGGAGGUCGUGUCGUGAACCUGUCGGGGGCACGGCCAGUGGGCGUGCAGUAA